ACAAACAGGGACACCUGUACACACACACAGACAUGUACACACACACACAUACAGACACAUGUAUACACACACAGGCAUGUACAGACAUACACAGACACAUGUACACACAGACACAUGUACGUACAUACACACAAACACACACACACACAUACAUGUGCAUACACACAGACACAUGUACAGAUACACACAUGUACAUACACAGGACACACACAAACACAUGUACACACACACACACCCUAUAAAAAGUUGCAUUACUUCGUUGUUCACUCACAGAUCCUGGUACUGCACUCUAGGGGGAGGCAGAGAGCACAUCACACACUCCUUCCUUUGCUUUCACUGCGCUCAGCUUUUGAGCAGUCUGACAGCUCCCAGUGCCAAUGAGAGAUCCGGCCUAAGCUCCGAGCCUGCUCAACAAGAUGGUCCUGGGGGACACACUCGCCCCCACCAUAAUUUCCACUCGCCAUUGGCGAGCAGGCGAGUCGAAAUUUGC